AUGAUCACCAAGACCGCCUUCACCGGCGCCGCCGCCCUGGCCUACCUGGCCGCCGCCGCGCCGGCCCCCGCCCCCGUCCCCGACGUCCCGGGCUACACGGGCGCCGACGCGCCCUACAUCACGACGCCGCAGCCGGCCGCCAGCGUGCUCGCCAGCGUCUUCGGGCCCGACUCGCAGGUGGCGGCGACAUUGACGGCACCGACGACGGAGCCGACGCGCCGCAGCAGCGUCGUCACGGGCGCCACGUCCCACGGCCCCUACUCCGGCACGCCUACGACGACGGGCGCGGAGCAGGCGCCCGGCACCGUCGCGCCCAGCGUCCCCGCCCUGCCCCCCAACCCCACGGCCACGUACUACAACGCCAACGGCGAGCUGACGGAGCCCGAGCCCGCGCCCUACGUCCCCGCCGGCGGCCUCGGCACCAACGGCACCGAGCCCCGCUACAUGGUCAACUCGGACUUCGACUUCGAGUCGAUCCAGCUGGGCCUGUACCAGGAGUGGAUUGAGCUCGACCUGUUCAACAACGGGCUGGCGACGUUCUCGGAGGAGGACUUCUUGGCCGCGGGCCUGACGGCCGAGGACCGCGCCGUGAUUGCCUUCAUGGCGAACCAGGAGACGGGCCACGCGACGCUGCUGAGCAACAUGCUCGGCGAGGCGGCGGCGCCGCAGUGCACCUACAACUACCCCUACACGACGGUGCGCGAAUUUGUCGACUUCAACCAGAAGCUGACGCGGUGGGGCGAGUCGGGCGUCUGGGGCUUCAUCAACCACCUGGACUCGCGCGAAGUCGGACAGCUGCUCGCGCAGUCGAUCGCGACCGAAGCGCGGCAGCAGAUGACGUUCCGGCAGAUGCUGGGCCUGCACCCGUACCCCGUGUGGUUCGAGACGGGCAUCCCGCAAUCGUGGGCCUGGACCUACCUGGCGCCGUACAUCAGCUCGUGCCCGGAGAACACGACACGUCUGGCGUGGCAGAACUUCCCGGCGCUGCACGUGGUCAACCAGCCGAACCCGAACCGCUUCUCGCCCAACGACACGGCCGACUACGAGGUGGUGGGCAACCGGACGGGUGACCCGUCGGACAGCCGCAUCCCGAGCGAAGAGUCGUGCGUCAACCUCAACGUGACGGGCUACGGCUGCGGCCCCGCCAUCGCGCGCAACCGCUCCGAGCCCCUCUCCUUCCCCGGCAAGCAGGUCCGCCUGACCUGGGACGCGCCGGGCCAGGCCGUCGGCCCUAACAACUCGUACGUGACGGCGUCGGAGGCGGGCGAGCCCACGUUCGUCGCGUGGGUCUCGCAGCUCAACCUCACGUACACCCCGCUCACGGUCACGGGCGACAAGGAGGGCUUCACGUACCAGCCGGCCUCGGUCGUGUACGAGGGCGACCCGGCGGCCAACGACACCAUGUUCAUUGCGCUGACCGACUGCGAUCUCUACCUGACGCCGUUCAACCUCAGCAUGAUUAACCCGCAUGUCAAGGCGCUGGGCCUGUACCAGGCUGGCUAG